AUGGCUGAAAAUGGUGACGCAGAUAGUCCAACUGAUACAAUUAAUCCUGCUUUUCCUGACGAAUCUCCUACCCUUCCACCAACCCCCGGGGAUCAUAAUGGCCAAGAAAAUUAUGACCCGACGCCACUUCCAUCCUCAACAUCAUCUCAAAACCAAAGUUCUAUAAGUUCUCCCUCUUUUACUGACUCUCAACGCAAUAUUCCUGAACAAACAACUUUUGAAAGAUUAGAUCGUUUGCAAUCAACUUCAGCUUUUUCUAACAACCCAAAUUCGCCUUAUACCAUCAAUUCUUCACAUUAUUUUCAUGUAACUUCACCACUAUCACAACCUCAAUUUCCUCAACAUCAUCAAACUUCAGCACUUAUAUCCCCUAGCCCUUCAUCCCCUGGUCGAGCACCAAAUCGAAUUUUAACUCCACAAUCAAUGUCAUCUAAUCAACGCGAUUCAAUAGCGAGCGAAUCUCAAUCACCUACACCAAACAGACGACAUCCUAGUCAUCAUUAUCGAGGAGAAGGUAGAAGGAAUCACCAUGGUGAACCCCAUAUACCUUUAACCCCACCAGUACCAGUUCCUCCUGCACCUGCACCCGCCAUGUAUUGGUCAAAGAUUAGAACAUUUGGAAAGGUACCCAAACCACUUAGAUCGCAUACCGCAAUUUUAGUAGAGGAACAAGUUUUCGUUUUUGGUGGAUGUGAUUCAAGGACAUGUUUUAAUUCAGUUUAUGUAUUCGAUGCGGAUACAAUGUAUUGGAAUAAACCAAGAACUUUAGGAGAUCCGCCUCCUCCAUGUCGUGCUCAUUCGUCUACCAAAGUAGGAAAAAAAUUAUAUAUAUUUGGUGGUGGUGAUGGACCAACAUAUUUUAAUGAUUUAUAUAUUUUUGAUACUGAUACAUUGACAUGGACUAAACCUCAAACAUCCGGAGAUACCCCAACACCUCGACGAGCACAUACAACUGAACAUUAUAAUAAUUGUAUAUAUAUUUUCGGUGGUGGAGAUGGAGUAUGUGCACUUAAUGACGUUUAUAUGUUAGAUAUAUCAGAUUUAUCUAAUUUGAUAUGGAAAAAGUUAGAACCAAGUGGAGGACCUCCUAUAUCUCGAGGAUAUCAUACAAGUAAUCUUGUUGAUAAUAAAUUAGUUGUAUUUGGUGGUAGUGAUGGUCACGAAUGUUUUGAUGACGUUUAUGUAUUAGAUCUUG